AUGGCUGCGGUGGAGCCCAAGCCCCCCGGGACCAGUGCAGCACAGCGCCUGGCUCGGGGCUGCUGGUCGGCGUUCUGGGACUACGAGACGCCCAAGGUGGUGGUGGUGAAGGACCGGCCCCUGGGUGUCGUGUACCGAGCGGUGCAGCUCCUCAUCCUGCUCUACUUCGUGUGGUACGUGUUCAUUGUGCAGAAGAGCUACCAGGACAGGGAGACCGGUCCCGAGAGCUCCGUCAUCACCAAGGUCAAGGGCAUCAGUGUAUCCGAGCACAAAGUGUGGGACGUGGAGGAGUACGUGAAGCCCCCGGAGGGAGGCAGUGUGUUCAGCAUCAUCACGAGGAUUGAGGUCACCUCUUCCCAGACCCUUGGAACCUGCCCCGAGAGCAUCAGAGUAAGCAACGCCACCUGUGACUCGGACAAGGACUGCACGGUUGGGGAGCUGGACAUGCUGGGAAAUGGGAUGCACACCGGGCGCUGUGUGCCCUAUUACUAUGGACCCUCAAAGACAUGCGAAGUGUCUGCCUGGUGCCCGGUGGAGGACGGAGCGUCGGUCAGCCAGUUUCUGGGGAAGAUGGCCCCCAACUUCACCAUCCUCAUCAAGAACAGCAUCCACUACCCCAAGUUCCGGUUCUCCAAGGGCAACAUCGCCAGCAGGAAGGACAACUACCUGAAGCACUGUACCUUUGACGAGCUUUCCGACCUUUACUGCCCCAUCUUCAAGCUGGGUUUCAUCGUGCAGGCAGCGGGAGAGAACUUCACAGAGUUGGCCCACAAGGGUGGGGUCAUCGGGGUCAUCAUCAACUGGGACUGUGACCUGGACCUAUCGGCAUCCAAGUGCAACCCCAAGUACUCCUUCCGGCGGCUCGACCCCAAGCAUGUGCCCGCCUCCUCCGGCUACAACUUCAGGUUUGCCAAGUAUUACAGUGUGAAUGGCACCACCUCCCGCACACUCAUCAAGGCCUAUGGGAUCAGAAUUGACGUCAUUGUGCACGGACAGGCAGGGAAGUUCAGCCUGAUCCCCACCAUCAUCAACCUGGCCACAGCGCUGACGUCCAUCGGGGUGGGCUCUUUCCUGUGCGACUGGAUCCUGCUCACGUUCAUGAACAAGAACAAGGUCUACAGCCACAAGAAGUUUGACAAGGUGUGUACACCGCCAAGGCAGGCCACCGCCAGCUGGCCCGUGACCCUGGCCCUGGUCCUGGGCCAGGCCCCUCCCCCAACCCCACAUCACCCAUCAGGCCGGCCACCCAGCCCUCCCCCGGGACUGGGCAGCUAG